AUGGACGACGAUUACGUUGCGCAGCUUCUUGCCAAGGAGGCUCGGGAGAGCUCUUUGAAGUACUCGUCCCAAGGACUCAGUGCUCUUAUGCCGUCCAAGCCAGCCAGCAACGCCCGCAAGCCCAAUACUCGCUUUUUACGGCAUCUAAUCAAGGAAACCGAUAACCACAACACAGCACUUAAGCGCAAGGAGGAGAGAGAAUCACGGGAGCGAAUGCGCCAGUUGAAAGCCCAGGGCUCGACCGUUUCAGCGGACCGAACCGUUCGGGACUCGGACGACCGCAGUGAAGUGCGGGGACCAAGAGAAAGUCGACGAGAUGGAAAGAGAGAUAAUCAUACCUCAAGUAGAAGAAGACAUAGAAGUCGCUCUUCUUCGACGGAACGAGACCGAUCACGGCGGCAUCGUCGCAGAGAAGAUGAUCGUGAUGAACACGUUGAUCGAACUCGGGAUCGCGACGAGCGAAGGCGUGAACACCGACAUGAUGAAUACUCUCAGAAGGAUCGACGGGACAGAGAAAAGGACUACAGUAGGCGGCGCCGUGACCGAUCUUACUCGAAAUCACGGAGCCAUUCGCCUCGUCGCGACCGAAGUAGUGACCGCCACCGCCGUCGAAGACAUGAUCGCCAUGAUGAAACUUCUACUCGACACCGUUCUCGCUCACGGGAAACGCAUAAAUCCCGUCCGAGGGGUGACGACGCGCCAUCGAAAGCACCCCUCCGCUCCCAUCGAGAAAGCACUACACGAACCGACCAACCUUCACCUUCUACUACGACUGCACGCCAAACUGAUACUGGCAAUGAGUCUGAUCCUUUGGAAGACCUUGUUGGGCCACUUCCGCCCAAUCAAAAGGACGCAGUCAUUCGUUCGCGGGGGCGAGGCGCAUACAAGCAUCUGAGCAAUAUUGAUGCCCACUUUGCACCAGGUUAUGACCCGACUACCGAUGUACAAUUGGAUGACGAAGAUUUCAACGCUGCCGGCCAGCAAUCUUCUCGUCGACCUGUCGCGGGGCUCAUGACUGGAGAGGACGACUGGGAUAUGGCCCUGGAGGCGCUGCGCGACCGGACGCGCUGGAAACAGAAAGGCGAAGAGAGGCUUCGUGAGGCUGGUAUCGAUAAUACCAUUAUCGACCGAUGGAAGAACAAUGCGGCGUUUACAGGGCUGAAAGGAGAAGGCAACCCCGAGGAUGUUCAAUGGUCGAAGAAAGGUGAAGGUCGAGAAUGGGAUCGUGGGAAGUUUGUUGAUGACGAAGGCCAUAUCAAUGUUCGAGCUGCUUGGUAG